GAGCGGACUGACUGACUGACUGACCCAGAGAACGCAGUAUGGGGAAGGUUGCUUUCUUCUUAGUGUUUGUCUUCCUCUGCCUGGAAAUUCACUCAUUCAGCAUCGAAGAAAUAUCAAGACAUAUCAACAGCCACGCGGAGGAGUAUGUGGAGACACUUCGAGAGUGGGUAGCAGUGGAGAGCGAUUCCAGUGAUUUAUCAAAGCGCGACAAGGUGGAAGAAAUGAUGAAGAUAACAGCGAAGAAGCUACGCGAUAUGGGAGGUGAUGUGGAACUGCUGGACACUGGCGUGCAAACGCUGCCAAGUGGUCAGACUAUUCCUAUGCCUAGUUUAGUGACUGCAAAAUUUGGCAGUGAUGCAAGCAAGCCUACCGUGUGCGUUUACGGACAUGUUGAUGUGCAGCCAGCCCUGAAAGAGGACGGGUGGAGCACAGAUCCUUAUAACCUGACGGAGAUUGACGGUAAACUUUAUGGAAGGGGGGCCUCUGACAACAAAGCUCCUGUUCUUGCUUGGCUACAUGCGGUUGAAGCGUACUUGGCCGUUCACAAGGAGCUUCCGGUGAAUGUAAAAUAUUUUAUUGAAGGAAUGGAGGAAGUUGGAUCCCCUGGCUUGGAUGAAAUGGUUGAAAAACUAAAGGACAGCUUUUUCGGUGAUGUUGACUACAUCAUCGUCUCGGACUGUGGGUGGCUUAGUACCAAGCCGGCUGUCACCUAUGGAACCAGAGGAAACUGCUAUUUCCUUGCAGAGGUAAAGGGUCCAAAGCUAGAUCUGCAUUCUGGUGUCUACGGAGGAACAGUUAUUGAACCCAUGACUGACCUGAUUGGGCUGCUAGACACCCUCAUUGAUGCAAGAGGCCGCAUUCUGAUUCCUGGCAUUAAUGAAGCAGUGGCACCACUCACUGAGGAGGAAAGGAAGAUGUAUGAGGAAACCGAGUUUGACCUCCAGAAGUACAAAAAUAACACAGGCGUUGAACGCCUUAUGUAUGACACUAAGGUUGAUAUUCUUUCCCAUCGCUGGCGAUACCCCACCCUAAGUAUCCAUGGAAUAGAAGGCGCAUUUUCUGCUUCUGGCACCAAGACUGUUAUACCAGCAAAAGUGGUUGCAAAAUUUUCAAUUCGUCAGGUGCCUAAUAUGGAUCCAAAAAUAGUGGAGACACAGGUGACUGACUAUUUGAAUUCUAUGUUUGCUCUGCGGAAGAGCCCAAACACACUCAAAAUCAGCAUGGUGAUUGGAGCCAAGCCGUGGCUUGCUGAUGUCAAGGAUCCAAUCUACGUGGCCGCAGAAAGAGCCAUUCAGAGGGUGUUUGGCUUAAAACCUGACCGAAUCCGUGAAGGUGGUUCUAUCCCAGUGGCAAGGACCCUCCAGGAUGUCACAGGCAAGAAAAUCAUAAUGCUCCCAAUUGGAGGAUAUGACGAUGGCCUUCACUCACAAAAUGAAAAGAUGAACCGAUACAACUACAUUGAGGGCACAAAGUUGUUUGCCGCCUACCUACAAGAGGUUUCCCAGCUUAAAAGAUGAUCAGCCUUUGAUGUGGAAUGGUAUGAUCUGGAUUUACCGAGAAGGCGGCUUUACUUGUCAUCUUUAAAGAGCAAACUGGAAAAUUAUCACCCUUCUGCAUAGAACGACAAAGAAUAAAUACGAAGACAGGAGUUGAUGGGGGCACUCAUUAAUGACCGCUGUGUCUAGCGAGUAAUGAAAUGCAUUCUUAACAAUGCAAAAUACAAUCAGUUAAAUUAUACUUGCUGUAUCUAUGACAAGAUGGCAGUUUCUUGAUCCUUAAUAGUCUACAGCUACAAACAGCAAUAAUAAUAAAACAUCCGUACUUCAUAGUU